UCGUUACUGUAUAACCUUCAUAAGCAGUAGUCUCGUGAGCUGUUCCCACCAGCCAGGGUCCCUGCGAGCGCUUAAUUUCACACGCUAACGCAACUGUCGCUCGUUUGUCUGUGCAGAUAAGUGGAUCGCCAUGGCUUCAAUAGACGCGCCUGGAAACGAGGGACUCAUCACCUCCGUAACCAAGUAUGUAGAGGCUUACAUGGCAAACUACGAUGGUUCGCAUGACUUCAAUCAUAUUCAACGUGUCCUCGGCCUUGCCAAGUACAUCCACGCCCAUGCCGACAAUGCAUCCGAGAGAGACGCGCAAGUCGUCAUUCUCUCCGCCCUACUUCAUGAUGUCGGCGAUAAAAAGUACCUAAAGCCAGGAGAAGAUGCCUCGUGCCUAGUGAAUGACCUUCUCAUCUCGUAUGGCGCCUCUGAAGAACUAGCCAAGAAAGUCCAGACCGUCUGCCUGGGUGUCAGCUACUCCAGCGAGAUCAAGGAUCCCGCUCGCGUCCAGGAGCUCAUCAAGCUGUACCCAGAGCUUGCUGUUGUUCAAGACGCUGAUCGUCUUGACGCCAUUGGAAGCAUCGGUAUCGGCCGAGUCUUCACCUUCACUGGAGCGAGGACCAAGGCUUCCAUGGCUGACUCGAUUCAACACUUUCAUGACAAGCUCUUGAAGCUUCAGAGCAUGAUGAAGACAGAUAUCGGACGACAACUAGCAGAGGAAAGAACCCAAAGGAUGCAGGAGUUUCUUAAGUGGUGGGGGGAAGAAUCAGCGUUUUCUGGUGUAGAAUAAAAUACCCACGAUAGCUUAGAUAGUGUCACAGUACAGUACUAUAUAGUGAGUGCAGAGACGUCAAGCCUUCGACUUGAUAACUCGUCGUUACCUUUUGGUGGCGUAGUGGCAUAGUACUGCACUCCUUAUGUCAUUCCGUGACAGAUAGCAUACAUCCCUAUUUACCGCAAUAGACGAAUUACACUGCAUCGGCCACGAGAGUUCAACCGUCAUCUGGCAUACAUAGAUUGUAUUCUCAGAGGAGUAGACUGCUAAUUUACAUAUCAACAGACGACAUUCGU